AUGCAGACACCCACAUUCUUGCCGCCCUUCGACUCCCAUGACAACUACUUUGUACAAGCUUCCUCACAGCAGACACCAACAUGGCUGCCACCAUUGAACUCCCAUGACAACCACCAUAUACAAGUCUCUGCACGGCAGAUUCGUCUCCUACAGGACGACCCCAGGUUGCCCUUAUCCCAGUUCUUGAUCGAACUCAACGUUAUCGUCGAUUUCUACUCACAAGGCAAAAGUGUCGAUCAUCGCUUCCAAGGCCUCUGUACAUGGAAAACAAUCUGUAUCCCUUGUGACUCAUUGUCGAGACAGAUGAUAUGUGAAAUUAUGCACGAGGUACCAUUCCCAUUAAGGAGAGUUCACUGGGAAGAUCGAGAGCUUGAUGGGAAUUCAUCAAACACCUUGUUAGAGGAUGAGGAUGCUUUGAUAGAGAGAGUUUUGAACUCUCUUUGUUCCAUGAGGGAUAAGCCAUACAAUUCAGGGCGCAAAGUACUGCCUCUGCAAUUAGAGAUCAAGAAAAACGUGACGAUACCACGAUAUGAAUUCAAGGCAUGGACUUGUUGGUACGACGGACAAAAGAGUUUGAAUGUGGAUUUUGAGAGGUACUAUCAAAGAGCAAUUAGUGUACCAAGGUCUCUAAUGGAGUCAGAUCAGUCUGAGAUAGCCUCUGGUUUUAGAUCAAUUCCAGCUACUAGGUCAGCUAUUGAGGCCUUGGAGAUGGUGAGAGUCGACGAGUCAGAUGUCUGCAAGGAAUUGUAUUUGUGUCCCAUUUGUCAGGAAGAGUUCUUGAUGGGAAGUAAAUUUGUUCGAAUGCCUUGUUCUAUGUUUCAUAGAGAAUGCAUUACAAGGUGGUUGAAAGGAAGUCACUUGUGUCCAUUGUGUCGCUUUGUGAUGCCCCAAGGCUAG